CACCCAUUUCAUUCCUCUUUACAGCCCUUCUCUUCCACCGAUUCUCUUCACCCACUCAAUCGUUUCUUUAUUUCUCUCUUCACCAUCUUCUUCAUUUUUUUUUUGUUUUCUCACAUUUGUACUUCAAUUACCAUUGAAAUGAAAGACAUGGUCAUAAAUGAAUACUCCACCAAGAGAAAUAGAGAAAGGGUUUUACGAUUGAUGAGUGAAAAUCACAUCCUUUCUUCCAAGGGAGGCUUGCCUUUUCUUAGGAACGAAAACCCGAGAUCAGAAAGGCGGCAGUGCCAAUCUUUCAUGUUCAUCACCCCAAGCUUCCACCUCCGCCGCGCGCGGCGGCGCAUGAUGGAUGCAGGAUGUCUCCCCUGAAAUACCACCGAGGCCUGCAAAUCCCUCCACCGCCGUUCACAGCUCCACCGGUGCCGAGAAAUUCGUCGCGAAAAGGGAUGAUCAGUAAACGUGACGAUCCGUUCUUGAUUGCGUGUGUGGAGUGUACAAAGAACGUUGUGCCAGAUGAUGUGCACUGUAGCACUUUAUGUACUUUAAUGCUUUGUCCGUGUAAUGGAGGGCAAAAUAGGAAAGAUAAUUACUGUUUCUGUCCUUCUUAAUAUCUGUGCCCAGCUCUAUGUUGCAUUCUUUUCCGAACGGAGGAAGUAUUUUAUAUUUUAUAUUACAACAUCAAUUUACAAAAUUAUUAUGCUAAACAA